AUGACUCCUCAAAUACGUUGUCUCAAUCCAACUAGGGGAGGUCAAAGGUUUCAGGUUGUUAAUGGAGAAAAGUGCGUUAUUAUAUGCAAGUGCACUCAUUUUACCGACUAUGAAAGUAUUCAACUUAUUAGAAGACAACUUGGUAUUAAAAGUCAUCAAGAUAAUGCUAAAGAUAGUGUCCUAAAUUUGGAAAAAGGCUCUACAAGUAAAUGUGAUCAAUGUGGCGAGAAAUGUACCACUAGAAUAGGAAUUAAAGCAACCGGAUUGCCACAAACAACAGAUUCAUUUUCCUAUUUUUGUUGUUUUGGCCACUUGAUUGCCUAUGUUUCAAAUAUUAGUGUAAAGAAUUGGAGAGAAAAGAUUCAAUCAAAAGAAAAAUUAUUCAAAGGUCUUGAAACUUUAAACCCCGAUAGCUCUCCUACAACUACCACAACUACCACAACUACCUCUAACUCAUCAGUUAGGGAAGAAACAAAUGAAGAGGAUGCAUCCGAACAAGAUUCAAUUGUAAAUAGUCUAUUGAAAGAAUAUUGUGAUGAAGAUAUUAAACUAUUCAUUGGCUUAAAUAAGAAUGAUUUUAAUGAUCUUUUUCUCAAGAUCAAAGAACGUAGUCAUUCAAAAAUAACCAGAAAAGAUGAUCAACAAAGAAAGAAAUCAAGUGCCAUUUAUAAAGAUUAUUAUGGUGAUUCAUGCUUAGUGACUUCAGUUGUGGACGGAUCUGAACAAAGGGUAGUUGUACCGUUGAACUCUGAUCUCAAAAUAUGUUAUUAUAGUGGAAAAAAAGGGUUUUCAUCAGUCAACAAACUAGUGUUUUGUUCUCCUAAUGGAAAGAUCCAAUAUAUGUCACAUACUAGGCCCGGAUCAAGAAAUGAUCAAGGUAUGAUGUAUGAAGUAGGACCAUUUUUAAAUAAAUUUGACGAUUCGUUUGAGUACAUAAUGGGUGACAAAGGUUUUCAAGGUUCCCAUAUUUUGUACAAACGUUUUAUUGUUAUCGACAGAGAGGAUAGAAAAGAUGGAGAGGAUGAUGAAAGGAAGGAAGCAGACAAUAGAUUUAAAUCUGUUAGAAUCAUAAUAGAGAAUGUCUUUGCUCAUAUUAAGAAAUGGGCAAUUGCUACCAUGAAUUUCAGAAGCAAAAUUGACAAUUUCAACGAAAUAUUGGAUGAACAUCAUAAAAUUUGGUGUUGUAUUGGCUUAUUAAUCAAUUUAUAUGUAGAGGACUUAAGAUGA